CAUGAAGUAAACCAUUAAAAUAGCUUCAUACUUUUUUCUUCUCCCAUUCUCCAUUUCAAUCAGAUUUAGCUCUCACCUCACAUUCUACACUACAUUUUUCUCCCAAAUUCUUGGUAAUGUAGUGACCCUUUUGAAUCCUCUUUAAGAAUCUGCAAUUGGGGUUCCGUUUCAUAGAUCAUAGCCAUAAAAGUCUCAAUUUUUAUUUUGUAUACAAAUGGAUAGUUUCACCGCCGAAGAUCUGUCCACAAUCGGAGGAAUCGCCACCGUAUCGAUUCUCCAUUCAUUCAUUCCUACACACUGGCUUCCUUUCUCCAUUGUCGGUCGUGCUCAGAAAUGGACCCUUUCAAGAACCCUUCUUGUUACUGCAUUUGGAGCAAUUUUGCAUGUAAUAUCCACUUCACUGCUUGGUAUAACAGCAAUCACCAUGGCAAACACCAUUGCUGGUGAAGAAACAGUGCAUAAGCUUGCCUCACUUUUGCUCGUAUUUCUCGGUGGCAUGUAUAUUAUAUUGUUUCUUAUGGGAAAGGGUGGCCAUAGUCAUUCACACAACCAACCUAUGGAGAAAAUGGCUGUAGCUGGGCUUAUUCUUGUUCCUGCAUUGUCUCCUUGUGCUACAACACUUCCAGUAUUUCUUGCUGUUGGAAAUUCAUCUUCCAUGAUGGUGCUUGCCAUCAUAGUUCUGCUAUUCAGCACAAUUUCUGUGAUGACUUCACUAGUAGCAUUGUCAUUUUACGGGGCCAGUCAGCUGAAGUUUCAUUGGGUGGAGCGGUACGACAAACUUCUAGUCGGUUCAGUACUGUGUUUAGUAGGAGUUUUGACCCUAAUUUUUCAUGAUCAUGAUCAUAGUCAUCAUCAUGGAGAAGUAGCUUCUGUUGGACAGCAUCUGCAUAGAAAGAUUAUUUCCAUGUGAGUAUAUAAAUAUCCUGUAAUUUGACACUUUUGUGGAUCGCCACGGCAUUGUUUCUAGUUUGUAUGAUACAAAAUGUUGUUAUCUAGAGAAAUGAUCAUCUUGGUAUAGUUAAAGUUGGAGUAAUCAUGUGAAGAUUAUGAUGUUAUUAAAAAAAAAAUAUAUUCUCUUUUGUUGAGAGAAAACUAAAAUUCUCUGUUUUUUUGACGCAAUAUGUAUAAUAAAUAAUUUAAAAGUGUGAAUUUUUCUUCUUUCAA